AUUUUGAUAAUUAAAGAGAAAAAAAGGGAAAAAAUGCGAUCAACCGAUUUCACACAAAUCACUAGAUAGUUUCAUGUAAUCUGUGUCUCUUCGCAACAAGCACUGUGGAUUUCUUUACGUAACUCUGUUUGUUUGAGAAAAAGCUAAUUAAAAAUGGCGACUCGUUUCCAUUUCCUUUGUUCAGUUUUUACUCUGUUGAUCGUAGUUCCAUCACUCUUAAACGACGUCGUUUAUUCCAAGACCCUUAAGCGAGACGUGAAGGCAUUGAACGAAAUAAAGGCGUCGCUAGGGUGGAGGGUGGUGUACGCAUGGAUUGGUGACGAUCCUUGCGGAGAUGGUGAUUUGCCACCAUGGUCUGGCGUCACUUGUUCUACUGUCAGUGACGGUGACUAUAGAGUUGUUACUGAAUUGGAAGUUUAUGCAGUUUCGAUUGUCGGCCCCUUUCCACUUGCAGUUACCAAUCUGAUGGAUCUCACUAGGCUGGAUCUACAUAAUAACAAGCUUACCGGACCGAUUCCGUCACAGAUUGGGCGGUUGAAGCAUCUCAAGAUACUUAAUUUGAGGUGGAAUAAGCUGCAAGAUGUCAUUCCUUCUGAAAUCGGCGAACUGAAGCAGCUAACGCAUCUCUAUUUGAGUUUCAAUAAUUUUAAGGGUGAAAUUCCAAAGGAGCUUGCGGAUCUUCCUGAACUACGAUAUCUCCAACUUCACGAAAAUCGUUUGAUGGGGAGAAUUCCUCCCGAAUUAGGAACUUUGCUAAAUUUAAGGCACUUGGAUGUUGGUAAUAAUCAUUUGGUUGGGACCAUAAGAGAACUCAUUCGCGUUGAAGGAUGCUUCCCAGCUCUUCGUAAUCUGUAUCUUAAUAACAAUUACAUUAGUGGAGGCAUUCCAUCACAGCUUGCAAAUUUAACAAACUUGGAGAUAUUAUAUCUAUCCUACAAUAAAAUGUCUGGAGUUAUACCUUUCGGUCUCGCUCAUAUUCCUCGAUUGACUUACUUGUACUUGGAUCACAAUCAAUUUUCUGGAAGAAUACCCGAUUCAUUAUACAAGCACGCAUUUUUGAAGGAAAUGUACAUCGAAGGAAAUUCAUUCCGAUCAGGGGUGAAACCUAUCGGUUACCACAAAGUUCUGGAACUUUCCGAUUCAGACUUCUUGUUUUAGUCAAAUCAAUCGACUCGGUCAAGAAUUUGACUUGUAGUGAUUCAUUUAUUUAUUUUUUAGUAUUUGUUUGUUGUCAUACCAUAAUAGCAGCCACUCCUUGGGCAAUUAGGCUUCAAAGUUCUGUGAACUGUAUAUAAAAAGACAUAAUUUUUGCAGUAAUAAUUGAUCCUCGAUUCCUCGUCUAA